AUGAAUCAAUCAUCGAAAUUAUCUCAACAACUUGUUAAAAAUCCCACUAACUUACUCGAUGAUGAUGUUUUUCCAGAGAUAACAUUCAUGUCUAACUACCUUAAAAACGAGCAUUUGCUUUGGAAACAAAUUGACGAAACAUUACUCGCAAUUGAAAAAGCAUAUAGAUCAUUUGCAUCCAUUUUUAACUCUUCCACGCCAAAAACAAAUCAAAUUGCCGUUGGUCCUCCAGAAUCAAACAUAUUUAGAACUUUAAUGAUCGGAAAAAAGAAUGAAGCUGACAGAUUCGAAGAUUUUGCCAAAAAGAUAUCGAAAAUACAUCAAGGUCAAGUCCUUAUUCUUAAAGAUGGAGCGUUCAAUCAAACUGUUUCAUUCAUUAAUGAUUUGAAUUUAUUAAAGAAUAAUAUUUAUAGGCAAUUAGAGGUAGUCAAAGAGAGCAUUCGUUCCUACAAUAAACACUACAAAAAAUUAGAGCAAACGGUCUUCCAAGCGAAAGGAACUCAACAAAUCGCAAAUGAAACAAAGAAAGCAGCUCUCACAGUAUUGAAUGAAAAAUCAGUAGCAUUACAAAAUAAUUAUAAUCAGUUUUAUCGUGAUUUCGUUGAUUAUUCUAAAAAACGCGAUGAAAUUUUCGCAAAAAUCGAUAAUUACCUAUCAGGAAUAUCUCCUAAGACAGCAUCCAUUGUCAAAUCAGUCAUAGAAGUUGAUAAUUCCUUCUUUGCAGCUCCAUUAGCUGAAUCUGUCCUAAAAUGCGAAGUUCCUAUACCUGAUUGGGAUUACGAUGAGAAAGAAGAGCCAGAGAAAGGAACAUUACGAGUCAGAUCUUCAAUGGAAAUCAAUGACGGAGAAAUGAAAAUUUCUAAAUUAGAAGAAUUCUUCCUUAUUGAAGCAAUUGGCGACUACUGGAAGAUUAAGAACUCUUUUGGCCAAGUUAUGACUGUCCCUUGUGAAAUUUUGGUGCCUUGUGAAUAA